UGGCAGCCAUGUUAUAUUUGUGUUAAAUGGUGGCUCUAAUGUAAAUAUGGAUUAAUGUUUUGUCCAUAUUAAUAUUGGAGCCAGUAUUAAUGUGGUAGAAUGAAAGUUCAUAAACAAAUAUAAAAUAUUCUCUCCCACCCGUAAUAAACCUAGAAUCGUCUGCCACCCUUUUCUCUCCUUGGAACAUAAAGUAGCGUACCACGUAGGAAAAACUGUUUUGAAGAUAUAGAAUUGUUCCUCGCCACUUCUUGAGACUCUCCCUUCAGAGUUAUGGCGGACUUUCUCGACUCCGAAGCGGAAGAAAGUGAGGAUGAGGAAGUCGAAGGAUACGGGAAAAAGAAUAAACGUGCAAAGGCAGUCGACAGUGAUGAUGAAGAUGAAGAAGAAGAUGAUGAGGACAAGCUUCGAGAAGAGCUAAAGGAUCUUAUAGAUGAUGCACCAAUUGAUGAAAGUGAUGGAGAAGAUUCUGAUGGAUCAGGUGGAAGUACAAAGCGUAAGAAACGGGAUGAUGAUGACGAUGAUGACUAUGAUGAUCGCCUUGAAGAUGAAGAUUAUGAUCUAAUUGAGGAGAACUUGGGAGUAAAAGUUGAAAGACGUAAACGUUUCAAACGUUUAAAACGAAUUCAAGAUGAAGAAUCAGAAGAGGAGCAAGAAGAACAAAAUGAAGAUGAGAGAGAUGCUAUUGCAAAUGAGUUAUUUGAAGGAUCAGACCACGAAAGGGAGGAAAUGGAAGAGGAGAGAGCCUCAGAAAGAGGAAGGGUUGAAACAGAGCGUGUUGAUGAGGAAGAAGAUGAAGAGGGUGACUAUUCAGAUGAGGAUGAUUUCAUUGUAGAUGAUGAUGGUCGUCCAAUUGCUGACAAAAGAAAACGUCGAAAACCAAUAUUUAGUGAUGCAGCCCUGCAAGAAGCCCAGGACAUUUUUGGUGUGGACUUUGAUUAUGAUGAGUUUGAGAAGUAUGGUGAAGAUGAAUAUGAAGAAGAAGAGGAAGAUGAUGAGUAUGUUGAUGAUGACGGAGAAGAUGCUGAAAGAAGGAGGCGACCGAAGAAAGCAGCUCGCAAGAAGCCUACUAGAAAGUCAAUAUUUGAAAUUUAUGAACCUAGUGAACUGAAGAGGGGACAUUUUACAGAUUUGGAUAAUGAGAUCAGAGAGAAAGAUAUACCAGAGAGAAUGCAACUUCGUGACAUCCCUGUUACACCGGUUCCAGAGGGAUCUGAUGAACUGGAUGAUGAAGCAGAAUGGAUUUACAAACAAGCAUUCUGCAAACCAUCUAUAUCAUGCCAGGAUGGACAUGGAGAUAUGAGAGAUAGGUCGAGAAAAGGUCCUCAAACUGUCGGAAAAAUCAAAAAGGCUUUAGAUUUUAUGCGAAAUCAACACUUGGAAGUUCCUUUCAUUGCCUUCUACAGAAAAGAAUAUGUUCAGCCUGAAUUAAAUAUAAAUGAUUUAUGGAAAGUGUAUAAAUUUGAUGAAAAGUGGUGUCAGCUACGAACAAGGAAAACAAAUUUAUUGUCAUUAUUUGAAAAAAUGCGGGAUUAUCAGGCAGAACAACUGAUGAAGGAUCCUGACCAGCCAAUUCCAGACAGUGUUCGUGUACUAAAGGAAGAAGAUAUUGAAAGGUUGAAAUCUGUUCAGACCACAGAAGAGUUAAAGGAUGUACAUUCUCAUUUCCUCCUUUAUUACUCACAUGAAAUUCCAGCCAUGCAGGCAGCAUGGAGAGCUAAACAGAGAGAAGCAGCUCUGGAAGCUCGCCGCAACAGAAGGAAAAAGACUCCUGUUGAGGGAGAAGAUGGGGAAGAGGCAGAACAGGAAGAAAAUGAAGCUGAAGAGCCUGAAGUUGUGGAGGAACCAACUGAAACCGAAACGGUGAAGCAAGCUGUCCGUAGUGGUCCAUUCACAAUGUGCAGAAAAGCUGGCUUAGAUGGUUUGGCUAAGAAAUUCGGUUUAUCUCCUGAACAGUUUGGAGAAAAUUUGAGAGAUAAUUAUCAACGCCAUGAAGUAGAACAAGAGCCAACAGAGCCAACUGAAGUUGCAAAGGAGUUUGUCAGCAGCAAAUUUUCAUCAGUGGAUGAUGUACUGAAAGCUGUUAAGUUCAUGGUUGCAAUGCAGUUGUCACGUGAUCCACUUGUUAGGAAAUGUGUGCGAGAGACUUUCUUUGAACGUGCGAAGAUCAAUGUAAAACCCACGAAAAAAGGCAUAAAAGAAAUUGAUGAAAGUCAUCCUUGUUACAGUAUGAAGUAUGUUAAGAACAAGCCUGUCCGUGAUCUGACUGGAGACCAGUUUCUGAAGCUGACAAUAGCUGAAACUGACAAGCUUCUGACAGUUACAAUCAGUGAGCAAAUUGAUGGAAUAACAUCAUCUUCAUAUAUUGAAGAAGUUAAACAGCUAUAUUACCGGGACGAAUUCAGCAAAAAUGUCCAAGAGUGGAAUUCACUUAGAGUAAAUUGUGUGGAGCUGGCACUGAAAUGCCUCCUGCUUCCAGAUUUACGUAAAGAACUACGAACAAAUCUUCUAAUGGAAGCAAGAGAAUCUGUUCUUAGAACAUGUUGCCGCAAAUUGUAUAAUUGGCUGAAGGUUGCACCAUAUUCAGUGGAGUUCACAGAUGAGGAAGAAGAAGAGUGGGACACCAGCAAAGGGUUAAGAGUUAUGGCAGUAGCUUACGUUCCAGAUUACAGUCAAGCAUCUUUUGCUUGUAUGGUUGGGCCGGAUGGAGACUGCACUGACUAUCUCAGAUUACCCCAUUUGCUGAGAAGGAAAAAUUCAUUUAGAGAAGAAGAAAAGUUGCAGAAGGAAGCAGACUUACUUGCUUUACGAAAUUUUAUCUACACCAAGAAGCCUCAUGUGAUAUGUGUUGGAGGAGAGUCACGGGAAGCACUUAUGGUGGCUGCUGAUUUGAAGGAAAUAGUCAAUCAGCUAGUAGAAGAUGUCCAGUUUCCAACAAUAGCUGUGGAAAUAUGUGACAAUGAAUUGGCUAAAGUGUAUGCCAAUUCUAUAAAAGGAGAGAAUGACUUCCGUGAUUAUCCUCAUCUGCUACGACAAGCUAUAUCAAUUGCUAGAAGAAUGCAAGAUCCACUUAUUGAGUUCUCUCAGCUUUGUACAUCUGAUGAAGAAAUCUUGUGCCUUAGAUACCAUCCUUUGCAGGACCAGCUGGUAAGAGAGGAACUGCUUGAAGCACUGUAUCUUGAGUUUGUGAAUCGAACCAACGAAGUAGGUGUUGACAUAAAUUUGGCUGUCCAGCAAGCAUACACAUGCAACCUUGUCCAGUUUGUUUGUGGUCUUGGUCCAAGAAAAGGACAGGCACUGCUGAAGUUGCUCAAACAGAACAAUCAGAGGCUUGAAAACAGGACCCAGCUUGUGACGUCUUGCCGUAUGGGUCCAAAAGUUUUCAUCAACUGUGCAGGGUUUAUUAAGAUCGAUACAAAUUCCUUAGGAGACAGCACUGAAGCGUAUGUAGAAGUCCUGGAUGGCUCAAGAGUACAUCCCGAAACAUAUGAAUGGGCACGGAAAAUGGCUGUAGAUGCCCUAGAAUAUGAUGAUGAAGAUCCUAAUCCUGCUGGUGCUUUGGAAGAAAUUCUAGAGUCUCCAGAAAGAUUAAAAGAUCUUGAUCUUGAUGCAUUUGCUGAAGAACUUGAGAGACAGGGCUUUGGUAACAAGAGUAUUACCUUAUAUGAUAUCAGGGCAGAACUCAAUCAUAGAUACAAGGACUUACGAAGCCCAUAUACAUCACCUAAUCCUGAAGAACUGUUUAAUAUGCUGACUAAGGAAACACCAGAAACAUUCUUCAUUGGAAAAAUGGUACUUGCGACUGUUAUAGGCAUUACGCACAGGAAACCUCAAGGAGACCAGUUGGACCAAGCAAACCCAGUACGUAAUGAUGAAACUGGACUCUGGCAGUGCCCUUUCUGUUUGAAGAAUGAUUUUCCGGAACUUUCAGAGGUGUGGAAUCACUUUGAUGCUGGAGGUUGCCCUGGCCAAGCCACAGGAGUAAGAUUACGACUAGACAAUGGUAUUUCUGGUUAUGUUCACAUUAAAAAUCUGUCUGAUAAGCAUGUGAGCAAUCCAGAAGAGCGAGUUACAAGAGGACAAACCAUACAUUGCCGGGUAAUUAAAAUUGAUGUGGAGCGAUUUUCUGUGGAAUGUACAUCAAAAAGCUCUGACCUUGCUGACAAAAAUCAUGAAUGGAGGCCUCCUAAAGAUCCCUUUUAUGAUAAUGAAGCAGAAGAUAAAGAUCUGAAAGCAGAAGAGGAAGCUAAAAAGAUGAAACAGCGGCAAACAUACAUAAAACGUGUUAUUGUCCAUCCUUCUUUCCAUAAUAUUUCUUUCAAGGAAGCAGAAGAAAUUAUGAAUCAGAUGGAUCAGGGUGAAGUAAUAGUUCGACCUUCAAGUAAAGGUGCAGAUCAUCUCACAGUUACAUGGAAAGUGACUGACGGAGUCUACCAGCACAUAGAUGUAAGGGAAGAAGGAAAGGAAAAUGCAUUUAGUUUGGGUCAGUCACUUUGGAUUGGCAAUGAAGAAUUUGAAGAUUUGGAUGAAAUCAUAGCCCGUUAUGUCAAUCCAAUGGCUGCACACGCUCGAGACUUAUUAUCAUUUAAGUACUACCGAGAUACUGAAGGUCUGAAGGACAAAGCAGAAGAGCUUCUGAAGGAAGAGAAGAAGAAAAACCCCUCUAAAAUUCAUUACUUCAUCAGUGCCUCCAAGAGCUAUCCUGGAAAAUUUUUGCUGUCAUACCUACCAAGAACAAGAUGUCGGCAUGAGUAUGUGACUGUGACUCCGGAAGGAUUUCGAUUUAGACAGCAGAUUUUUGAUUCACUAGGUUCAUUGUUCCGUUGGUUUAAAGAACACUUCAGAGAUCCAGUGCCAGGUACACCAAGUACACCUCGUGGUGCUGCAACCAACAGAACACCUUACCAGACACCAAACAUUAAUAUUGCUGGCAUGAACCCAGAAGCAAUACAGAGGGUUGCUCAGAAUAUGCCAACACACAUGUUGCAUAGUCUGUCUCAGGUUGCAAGCCAGACGCCACAUUAUCCUCACACUCCUGGUGGCGGUACUUAUGGAGCCAAUGUUCAUACUUAUCCAAACACCCCGUACACUCCAUCUGGACAAACACCUUUUAUGACUCCCUACCAUACUCCACAUAUGACACAGACACCUAGGUAUGGACAGCAGACACCAUCCCACACGCAAGGAGGCUUUUUGCAUCCAGGUUCUGUAACGCCAUCUCAUAGAACACCUUCUCAGAGAGCAGCUCAUACUCCACAUACACCACAGCCAAGGCCACAAGUUACGCCACAAACCUCAGAGCCAAUGGACUGGAGAAAAGCUGCUGAAGCAUGGGCAAAAUUGAAAAAUCGUGAAGCAGGUUUGGGAACACCAAGGCAAGAUGGUCGAACAACACCACGUCAACACAGUGGAGGUUCAACACCACGAUUUGAUGAUAUAAGGAAGACAACUCCUCAGUUUGAUGAGGCUGGCCGAGCUACACCAAGAAGCAACAGUAGUGGCAGUAGCAGCUUUAACAUAAGUGUCAGAUCGAACAAUAGCCGUUUAGCUUAUGGGUUGUCAGUAAACAAUAUGAAAUCACCAAGAAGUACUUCAGGAUCAGGACGUGACAGCCUUCGAUCUACACCCCGCACUAACACUAGCCCACAUUCUAUGAUUGAAAGUUCUUUGAGUGGUGAUGCUACACCACUAUAUGAUGAAAACUAGUGUUUUAACAGAUUACAAUGUCAGUUACUGCUGUGAAUUCAUUUGCAAAACACCACUAACUGUGCUGUUCCAGUGAUAUUUAAAAACUGGGUGAAAACAAUGUGCUUAAGAUUUAUGCCUCCUUAAAAAGUAUUUGGAGUGUGCUGUUUGGCUUGAGAUAGUAACUUACCAGCUUCAGAUUAUCCUGAGUCUGAAAAGAAGUUGUUUUUAUAAGAUAUCUUUUGUAAUAAAGAUAUAUAAUUUGUUUUGUAUAAA